AUGCCUUCGGUAUUCUCUCGCAAUCGACGGGCAUCGGAUGCACCCCCUUCGUCCUUUGGCAAACCGGAUGAUUCUCCUUCUCGCCCUAAACGUCUUUCCAUCGAUAUCAUCACUCACAAUGGUACAAACGGAUCUCCACCUCCUUCUGGAGGCAAGAUCAAAGCUUUCUUUGGAGUAGGACAACCACCUGAUACAGACGUCAAAAACAGCUCAUUGAGGAAGAAAUUAACAUCCCCUUCUACGUUCUUCAAAUCUUCAGUUGACUUGUCCUCUCCUCCUCCGUCUAAAGCAACUCCUAAAACCCCUCCACAAUCAUCUUCCGACGAUCCAGCUUUAGCAAGAUAUACAGAUCUUUCGCCUCGUGCUAAUCGAAGUCCGAAUAAUGAAAGAUUUGCUUCUCCUUCACUUGCUCCAGAAAAUUUCGCUCUUGCAUCGACUAGUUCACCAGAAGGAACUCCCAGACAAAGUCGUGAUGGAAGAAGAAAUUCAGUCACAUGGCAACCGUCAUAUCCUCUAGUAGUACCAGAUGAUGAAUAUGUCAAUAUAUCACCUGAUGGUCAUGCAGCUCCAAACGGUCGGUCAUCUCUUGGCUCAGCUUUAACUCCAUCAAACGAAAAUAGCAGAAGAAGAUCAUUAGAUGCAAUGAAUGGCCUCGCUAAUUGGCCAGCGAUGAAACCCACCGUCAAACCCAUCACUCCCCCUACCUCAGCAGAAACAAUACCAAAAACACCUCCCAGACAACAAGCCCCAUUACCGACUCCUCCACUAUCAAGUCCCUCGCCAAGGAGUGGUGGUCUGCAUCCACCUGAUUUCGCUUCAGGAAGAAGAAGACCUUCCCUCAGUAUCGACAUUUCCGAUGUCGCAGCUCCAGGCUCAACAGCAGCUCUCGCCGCUGCACAAGAAGAACAAAGUAAACCUGCUGCGCAACCAGCAACGAAUGCACGACCUUCAUCUAUGGCUAGGGUCUCUCAUGUUUCUCUCAACGACAACGUGUUCACAACUUCAUCAAGCUCUGUUCCGGCUUCCCCUAUGAACAGUAGCCGACCAAGACCCAAUCCUCCAUCAAGAAAGUCGACCCUCAUUCAAAGUCCACCUAUGCCUCAACCGAUCAAGAAUCUCCCCACAUUACAGGGUUGGCCCGGGUUCCCGCAAGCUUCUGCUGGUAUCAGUACACCAAAGACGCCAGGAUGGGGUUCUCUCGCCAGAGAAGGUGGACCUAAGACACCUGGAUUUUUAGGAACACCCAGUGGGCAGAGGACGCCAGGAGGUAUCAAUGGAUUCCCCUUCUCAUUGCCUCCAGUCAUGACGCCGUCGGGCAAGGGCAAGGAGAGGAGUGUGUUGACCGAACAAGAGUUGAGGAAGGCGAAGAGAGCUAUGCCUGUUAUGCUUCGUCAACCUUCGACAAGGCCGGUAGAACAGGAACAAGGUGGUGACGCCGGAGACGACGAUGACGAAAGCGAUGGAGAAUCGGAUCCUGAGAUGGAUGGCGGUCAUUCUGAUGAUGAUUCUGAUGUUGAGACUGAGACGGAACCUCGUGGCUCAAGCACACGAGGUGCUCUCAGUCUUGCAGGACGAUUCUCCAAAAAGAAUAAAGGGAAAGCGAGGGCUUCGGCCAACGUGUCGCCUAUGGCCAAAUCUGCUGUCAGAGAAGAAGAAGGAGCUAACGGUAAAUCCGUAUGGUCACUGCAAACUCCAACAGAGAAACAACCUUCUUCAAAUUGGGCUCAAUUCGGUGCAGGUACACCUCGUGCGACUCCCGGACCCCGACCCACUCCCGGCAGAGCAGCAUUGAUCCGUAAUGAAUCGUCUUAUGCUUCCACCGCGACAGGCUCAGACGGAAGUUCAGGUUACUUUGAUUCACUACCUACCUCACAAGUGAAUACAGCUGCAAACACAACCCCGAAUAGAGUUGUAGAACCGGUAUUAGCAAAAGGCUCGGGAGGAUCCGAAUUAGCCGAUAGUGCUGCUGCCAACGAUCAGCCCACCAUUUUGUCCCCAACAACUGUCUCAGGUCCAGUUGAAGACGAUGAAGCUAUUGAAGAUGAUAGUGAUAGCGCUUCAGAUGUCGGCACAAACGAAGGUACACAUGAAGGAUCAAUGGAGUCGCCACCUAUUUCUUCUCAACAGCAGGUCGGACCUUCCCCCACUCAACCCCUCACAACAGGCUUACCUUCAAACAUGGCCAGACCCACACCCUCUACUCGACCUUCGCUCUACUCGCAAGUCUCACGAUCCAUGAUCAACCUUCCCCCCAAGCCUAUCGCACCUGAGUCCGAUCAACCAGCUGAACGUAUAUCAGUUCGACCAAGGUUGGAGACUGUGCCUUCAGGUGAACAAGUACCAAUGCAUAUCGACUUACCACCUAAAAGUCCGUUCGGGAAAUUCCAACAACCUAAUGGUUCAGGUCCUGCUACACCAGCUGCUGAAUGGGCUAAACCACCACCUACGCCGGCUGCCGGAUUAAGCUCAUUCAACUUCUGGUCAGGUGAAAAGAAACAGCAACCGGCAUUGAAGAGACGAAGAUCAGCGGAUGACAUGCUGAAACCACCCCCAGGUUAUGAACCCCCCUUCCCUGGUACAUAUAUACCUAGACCCCGAGAUGAAGAAGGAAAGGAAAAAUUACCAAGCUACUGGUGUUCUGUCCAUAUUGAGGGUAUGUUACCACGAAAAAUGGAAUUUACCGCUCCCGGGCAACAAGCUCGAGAUCGUUCAUGGAAAAAACUCUACUUCAUCAUUCACGGUACAAGUUUCUAUAUAUACAAAUUUGAUCCUCAUCGAUUCCCAUUAAAAGUGGAUGCUCCUGUCCCUACAAUAAACGAAGAUGAGGUUGACGAUAGUUUACACGUUCAUUUCCCCAAUGAACGUAGAGGAUCUUCCAGCUCUCAAAUUGCUCCUACAUCCAUCAGGAGAGGAUCAAUUUCAGCUGUAGUCGGAGGAAACGAGACCAGAAGAGGUAGUAUCCCUGAAAAUGUUUAUCCAUCUAAUCAAAGAAGAGGAUCUACAGCUGGAUUGACUAAUCCAUUAGCAGGAACAGGAUCUACUACAUCAAUAAAUGGAUCAGGGUCAAGGCGUUUAUCCGAGACAUCUUCUGGAAUAUCAAUGCCUAGAAGAAGCUCACUUUCAAUAGUAACCAACGCAUCUGAUACCAAUACAAACUCUUCGGUUCUAUCUCCAGAAUCACAAGAUAUAAAAGAUGCAAACCUUUUCGCUAAUCCUGGAUCAGGAGGAUCAGGAUCAACAGCUACACCCAGAAGACCUUCCAUUUCAUCUACCACAGCGACGAGUUCUGCCGGUUCAAGUGGCGGUACAAGCUUAGCGUCACAUUUCCAACACAACUCAAUGGUCAAACAGUAUUCCCUUCAAAACGCUGAAUCCGGUUUAGCUGCAGAUUAUGCUAAAAGGAAAAAUGUAGUCAGGGUUAGAGUAAAUGGUGAACAAUUCUUACUACAGACUUCGGAUAAUAGAGAAGUAGUUUCGUGGAUCGAGGCAUUCCAAGCUGCAACUAAUGUAGCGUUAGAUCUGGAUGUUCGACCUAUGCCUAAGAUAAUCACUCUUCCUCGUAGAAGAAGAAGAAGAGGUGCACCAGGUACAGCUGCUAGAGCAGGAACCGCUACUGGUGCAGAAGCAGGUGCCAGUGCAGCAACAGGAACGAGCGAUACUGCAUCAGGAAACGUAGCUGCUGUUUCUGCAGCUGACGCAGCGGAAAGAGAAAGGGAAAGGAUGCUGGUGGAAGAUCAACAAGCUGAAUCUAUAGGAUAA